AAAACAUAACCUCAACCUCAACUCAAUAAUCAAACGAAGAAGGUUAUCGAUCUAUACCGUAUUAAUUCAACACUGUUUUUAUGUCUGUCCAAAGUUUUUAAAAUAUAUUCUAUUUAGCUCAUUUAGUGACAUUCUUCAGUAGGGUAAAACCGCUCAAUUCAAGCAAAUGUAGUGUAAUUAGUUUGUUGUUACGGUUGAAAAUUUUUACGACAAAAUGAUUUUAACCAGAUUGUUCAAACGUAAUCCUACGUACGUAAAACAUGAUCGUUCUGUACAUAAGUCAGUGAAUCAUAUUAUCGACGGAUACAACAACCGUGUAGCUAAUAUAAAAAGUAAAAUUGACAGUAUAACAUUGCCAGAAAGAUUCAAAGGCACUGUUGUUGAAAAGUGGGCUCAGUACUGGAAAGACCUCUACAAAGACUACUACGAAGUGUAUAGUGAUGUUUUGAAGGAAGGUAGGGAGAGGCCAUACAAAAUGGGCCUGAUGCUGUCAACAUUUGCUGGUCUUGUAUAUUGUGCAAAGAGGAACCCUACUGAACAAAACUUUAGGGAUGCGGUGGUUGCUGGACACAAUGACGUAAUUUUGGUGAGCAAACCGAUCAGGAAUCCAGCCAGCUUUGAACAUUUGUCUUUCAUUGAAUCUUGCCACAAUACUGGAUUGAUUCGUAGUUUUAGUUUCGGUAUUUUCAGAGUUGUCUAUUUGGCAGACUAUGAUAGAGCUUUGGGACUGUAUAAAGCACAAUGUCAAUACCUUCAACCACAGUAUUUGACCAUGUACAAGAGGAUACUCGACAUUGGUUUUCUUGACAAAUGGUGGUUUAUUUCUAAAAAGCUGGAAGAUUACGAUAUCAAUCCCGAGGAAUGGGUAACUAGUAAAGUAAUUAUGGUGUAGAUCUCUGUUAAUAAAAGUUUAAGUUGUUGAAUUAAG